AUGUCGGUGACCCUGCAGGCCGUGGCUGACGGCCGGGUGGUGGCGCGGAUCCAGAGCGGCGACCCAUCGCUCUAUGGCGCAACCCUCGAGCAGAUGAGAAUUCUGGAAUCACAGCAAAUCGACUACGAAAUCAUUCCGGGCGUCAGCGCGGCUUUCGCCGCGGCAGCGGUCCUGAAAUCAGAGCUGACCGUGCCCGAAGUUUCGCAAACCGUAAUCAUGACCAGGGCUGAGGGCCGGGUGCCCAUGCCAGAAGGCGAAGACCUGAUCAGCCUCGCGCGCCAUGGCAGUACGUUGGUGAUUUUCCUCAGCGUCACCCGAAUGUUCCGUAUCGCCAACCAACUGCAGGAAGCCGGAUAUCCGGCGGAUACGCCGGUAGCGGUCGCGUAUCGAGUCGGGUGGCCCGAAGAACUCAUCAUCCGGGGCACGCUGACCGAUAUCGCUCAAAAAGUCAGGGAUGCGAAAAUAACGCUCCAGGCCCUCAUUAUCGUGGGCAAGGCGGUGGACCCGAAACUGCUGGAUCCCAAUGCCGGUGAGAAAGUCGCUGUAUCGCAUCUUUAUUCCGACGAAUACACGCACUUGUACCGCCGGGCGGGGCAGGGAGCUCAUGCGGACGCCGACCGGGCGGAGCUGUAUACCGCUGGUGGGUACGAAGUGCAGCCCGAAGCGGCGGCAUCGGCGCCACCGGAUGGCAACGAUUAG